CACAAAGAAGCGCAGAAUGGGCUGUCGAGAGCUUUUCAUUCUGCUGAUGGCCGCGACAUCGACGCUCGCUGCUGAGGUGCCAUCGGACUCACGUACCGGACUCCUGGCCGAGCCGCAGGUCGCUAUGUUCUGCGGGAAACCCAACAUGCACAUCAACGUUCAGACCGGGAAAUGGGAACCCGAUCCGUCCGGAAGCAAGAGCUGCAUCGGGACAAAAGAGGGAAUCCUGCAGUACUGCCAGGAGGUGUAUCCAGAGCUUCAGAUCACAAACGUGGUGGAGGCCAAUCAGCCCGUCAGUAUCUGGGACUGGUGUAAGAAGGGCCGGAAGCAGUGCCGCAGUCACAUGCACAUCGUCGUGCCGUAUCGCUGUCUGCUCGGGGAGUUCGUGAGCGACGCUCUGCUGGUUCCUGAUAGGUGUAAGUUCCUGCACCAGGAGCGCAUGGACAUGUGUGAGAGCCACCUGCACUGGCACACCGUCGCCAAAGAGUCCUGCGGUGACCGCAGCAUGAAUCUCCAUGACUACGGGAUGCUGUUGCCAUGUGGUAUCGACCGUUUCCGUGGCGUCGAGUUCGUCUGUUGCCCUGCAGAAGCAGAGAAGGAGUCAGACAGCACAACUGCGGAGGAGGACGAUUCAGACGUGUGGUGGGGAGGAGCCGAGAACGACUACAGCGACAACAGCAUGAUGCGAGACGCAGGAUCCGAACCGGCCGUGGUGGAGGAUGACGAGGAUCCGGACAAAGACCAGGAUGGAGACGAGGAUGAGGAUGAGGAUGAGGAGGAGCGCAAGAGCAUCAGCGCUGCCAUGACGACCAGCACAACGACAGUGGAGGAGGUGGUGCGAGUGCCGACUCCGUCCUCCAGUCCUCCGGACGCUGUGGACCGAUAUCUGGAGACGCCGGCCGAUGAGAACGAACACACACACUUUCUGAAGGCCAAAGAGAGUCUGGAGGCCAAACACCGCGAACACAUGUCUCAGGUGAUGAGAGAAUGGGAAGAGGCCGAGAGACAGGCAAAGAGUUUACCACGCAAUGACAAGAAGGCUGUGAUCCAGCACUUCCAGGAGAAGGUGGAGGCUCUGGAGCAGGAGGCAGCCAGCGAGCGACAGCAGCUGGUGGAGACACACAUGGCGCGGGUGGAGGCGCUGCUAAACGACCGCCGACGCCUCGCUCUGGAGAGCUAUCUGUCUUCCCUGCAGGCCGAUCCACCACAGCCGAGGCACGUGUUCAGUCUACUGAAGAAGUACGUCCGCGCCGAGCAGAAGGACCGACAGCACACGCUCAAACACUUCGAACACGUGCGCAUGGUCGACCCCAAGAAAGCGGCGCAGAUCCGGCCUCAGGUGCUGACCCAUCUGCGUGUGAUCGAGGAGCGGAUGAAUCAGUCUCUUGGUCUGCUGUACAACGUGCCCGGAGUCACUGAAGACAUUCAGGACCAAGUUGAGCUGUUGCAGCGCGAGCAGCAGGAAAUGUCGGCUCAGUUAGCGAAUCUGCAGAGCGACGUGAGGGUGAGUUACGGGAACGAUGCCCUGAUGCCCGACAGCACCGCCAGCCUCCACCUGCUGCCCUCAGAAGACACACAGAGCUUCAUCCACCCAGAGAGCUUCAACCAGCCCAACACACAGAACCACGUUGAGUCGGUGGACGUGCGACCGGUCCCAGACCGAGGCCUGCCGACCCGACCUGUGUCUGGACUGAAGCCUGACGAUGUUCCCGAGCUGCAGAUGGAGGCUGAAGAGAGACACAGUGAAGUUUACCAUCAGAAACUGGUUUUCUUCGCCGAGGACGUGAGCUCCAACAAGGGAGCUAUUAUUGGCCUGAUGGUCGGAGGUGUUGUCAUAGCAACCAUCAUCGUCAUCACCCUAGUGAUGCUGAGGAAGAAGCAGUACACCUCCAUCCACCACGGAAUCAUUGAGGUGGAUGCUGCUGUGACCCCGGAGAACCGUCACCUGUCUAAGAUGCAGCAGAAUGGCUAUGAAAACCCCACCUACAAGUUCUUCGAACUUAUGCACAACUGAUGUGUGACGCUCCUCUUCCUCCCUGUUUCUCCUCCUCCUCCUCCUCUUCAUCUCUGCAGACAGUGCAGGAGACACCAGCACUACCUCAUUGCUCAUUAACAUCUCGCUUCCUAUUGGCCACUUCACAUGACUGUCAAUCAAACAUGACUUUCCCAUUGGCUGGACGAAUAUGAACUCGGUCAGUUUCAAGUUAUUGAAGAUGCGGUUUCAAUCUAAAUGCACAAUUGAGAUUGAAUGUAUAAUUCAGAUUUAGUUUUGAAUUCAGUG